AAUGGCAUAACCAGGACUAGACAAUUACUUUAACAGUUAGUAUUUAGGAUAUAUCAAUUUUGCCUUUUUGAUGAGCUAUGGCUUGUCAGUUUCAGCGUUAUAUAUAAUUGAAAAUAUAUAGGAUAGGAUAAUUGGGAGAUAGAAUGAAUUUAAAAUUUUUUGUAUUAAUUGGAGCAUUUUCAACUUGCCUAAUAUUUUGUAGCAUUGGAUUCUUUUUGCAUUAUGAGUACAAGCAUCCUUACUUAUUCAUGAUUCUAUAGAUUCUUAAUGGCAUUUCUUAAUCAACUGAAUGGUCUGGUCUCUUGGGUAUUAUAGUAUUCUAUAUUUUAUAAUUAUUUAGCGAUCUUAAACAAUUGGUAUAUGGGGCCAAAUAAAAUCUUAAUUUUAGGAUAUUUUUCAGCAUCUCCAUGUAUUGGAAACAUCAUAGGAGAUCUUUAUUCAGGUUCAUUGAUUGGGAAACAUGAUUUGCCUUACUAUGCUCCUAUUUACAUGUCAGGACUCUCCUUGUUUACUAUUUCUAUAAUCAAUCUAUUUGCUUUAUAACAGGCUCCAUUUCCUAAUGAAACUGAAGAAUUAGUGGAACAUUAAGAAUCAAUGUCAAUCUCUUUAGAACCAAUACUAAACAUAUCAAAAGAGAAUAGUAAUGAUUCUGGAGAAUAUUCAUUACCCAGUUCCCAUUUUUUUAAAGAAUCAGAACAAUUAUCUUUAUCAUACUUUGAUGCUUGGUUUGUACCCAAUGUUGCUAUGUAUGCUUUUGCUUUUGGAUGUAUUAAAUCUGUAUAUUACAUCCUUGGUUUUUGGUUGCCUGAAUAUUUAAAUAGAAAUUAGGUGCCUGAUGUUGCUUGGAUUACUGCCAUGACUGAUAUUGGUGCAGCUCCAGGAGGAAUAAUUAUUUGGUAUCAAUCAUAAAUACAUAGUUUAAUAGGAUAUUAUACAAAUAAAAGAGCCAUUCUACAAGUACCUAGUUUAUGGAUAGGAACUGUUAUUAUGAUAAUCAUUAAUUUUGCUGAUAACUUGGCUAUCUUUGGUUAUUUAAUACUUGUGUUUAUUAUUGGAUUUCUUAUUGGUGGAACCUAUAAUAACAUUGCAGCCUUAAUAACAGUUGAACUAAGUAAUUAAGAUUAAUUAAAAAGUAAACAUUACUCAAUAUUUAGAUAAUAAAAAAGCAACAGCAACAAUUGUUUCACUUAUUAUAGGUUAUGCAUCUGCUUUUUCAGCAAUAAAUUAAUUGAUUGUUCCACUUGUUAAUGAUGCAUUAUUUUUAUAUUGUGGAAUUAUGUCUAUAAUUGGAGGAAUUGUGUUGUCUCCUUUAUUGAUUAAAGAAAUUAAACGUAAAUGA